AUGACUUCUUCUUCAACUCCUAUAUUGGCUGAUUUUUCAACGUUAUUAACUGAAAAUCUCGUAAAUAUUGAACAACAACCACCACUUGAAAUUGCAAAUGUUCUUGUACCAUAUAAAAUGCAUUUUUCUUCUGAAUAUGAAUGGAUGAAUGGUUGUAUCCAAACUUAUGGAAAAUUAUCAUGCGAUGAACCAGCGAUUUAUGCUGGAAUAUUAACCUUAAUUAGUGCAAUAUCUGGUUCAACAUUUUAUGUUGAUGAAUGUAAUGGACAAGAACGUCCCAUAAAUUUGUAUGUUCAUGUUAUUGGUGAACCAGCACCACCUCCAGUAUGUAGUCAUGAGUGUGAGCUGAGUUUUGGAGGUUUUCCAUAUGAAAUAUGUAGUGGUAAAUCUACUCCAGUGAAUUACAUAAAAGUAGCUAUGUGCCAACUUAUCGAUUUAUUUCCUGAUUUAUACAAUAAGAAAGUAAAUAUAAAUGAUAAAAUUAUUAAAAUGUCAUCUGAUGUACUACCUGAUACUCAUGAUAAUACAUCAAAUAAUACACAAUCCGGUAUUGCAAGUAAAACCAAAAGUAAUUCAAAUGAUUGUAGUAAAAAAAAAUUAGUGGAAGAACGUGUGAAAAUGAUCGUCAAUUUUGACACCGAAUUGGCUUUAUUUCGUCAAAUGGCUCUGAUUGGUGAUUUGUUUGCCAUUACUGACGAAUUGGAUAGUCAAUUAGUUCGUUUGGGUGUCUUUAAGUCUAAUGAUGAUACAGCAGCACCUGGUUCUAAAUUGUUAACUCAAGCAUACGAUGGGAUUCAUCAUGAAUCACGUGGAACAGGAACAUCAAAAUAUGUUAUUGAUAAUGCAAAAUUGGCAAUUUUCGGUGCAUCUACUGGAAAUCGAUAUACAUUCAACAUGCGCAACUUUGCACAAAAUAUAGGCAAUGAUGGUGUUCUUGUUCGAAUAUCUUACCUAGUUAUACCUCAUGGAAUACCCAAGUCCGUUUGUAACCGAUUGCCAAUUUCAAUGCCGAAUGCGUUGCAUAUUGCUACUGUAAUUUCAUUAUUAGUAAAUUGUGGUUAUCCUGUGCAACUACGUUUCGAGAAGCUUCAAUCAGAUCUCGAUAAUGAACCACCAGAAAUGUUGCCUUUAUAUCAAAGAGAACGAAGAAGUUUCAUCGAUGGUGAAGCAUUACCAAUAUCAUAUGAAUUGGUUCCUUCAACAAAUACACGUAAUAAACGACGAACCAUCGAUGUUGAAGAAGAUGGCUCGACUCUCAGUGCUUAUUCUCUUCUUGAAAAAUUAAUCAAGGAAGAUUUGGCAAAAUCUGAGGAUAUGAAUCGUGCACCACAUGUUAGAGCAUUAUAUGCUAAAACAACUCAAAAACUACCACGUAUAGUAGCAAAUACUCAUUUAUUUUUUAUUGCUAUCCAUUUAUUAACAAGCAAUGACUAUGAAUUAUUUAACUAUGUGUCUUUUCGUGAAGGUAGUGGUACAGCUAAUUCUAUCAAUGGGUUAUCAAGUCAAUUUUUGGAAACAGCCAAAAAUGUUGUCUAUAAUUAUAUGAAAAUGCAUUUCAAAAUUGAAAAAAUUAAAGUUGGUGAUGUUGAAGUUGUACGAGGAAAAUUUAUAAUUGAUGUAACCAAAGAAGCAAUUUUAGCUGGAUACAAUCUUUUUAAAUACAUGCAGGACAUUCAGCUUGCUGUAUUUGACUUAUCUGGUCUUGAUGGCACAGUUAAAACACGUCUGGCAAAUAGUUCUCGAAAAGUUGAAGAAGUUCGAAAACAAUUGACGUUAAGCAUGAUUCAACCACAAGAAUCAGAUACUGCAUUGAUAUUUAAAUUGCCUAGUCCAAUAUUAAAACGAGUUUGGAUCACCAAUAAAAGAGAUGCACCAUCAUGGGCAGGCAUCUUUUCUCAAAGCUCAAAAAAAUCUCCUAACAGUAAAACAACGGAGCGAGGAACAAAAGCAAUUGAUACUUUACUUGAAUGCGGUCUCAUUCAUCAAUGUAAUUAUUUACCAAAGAAUAGUGGUUUAUGGAAAGCUUCACCAGCAGAAAUCUUGCUUUCAGAAUCUCUUCAAAUUGCUUUAUAUGAAUAUGUUGGAAUUAAUGUAAACCAAUAUGAACAAUUGUAUGAAGAAUGGCUUUAUCCAAGCGAUCUUACGACAAUGACUGAGGCAUUAAUCGACCAUUUAAUUAGUGCACCAGAUAUAUAUGCCAAAUAUUAUCGUAAUUAUGCACCUGAAAAAUUUACAGAAUUUGGUUUACGUAUUAAAAAGUUAGAACGUGAUGGAGUAAUAGGAAAAAUUGAAAUUGAUGGUAAAGUUAAAUGGAAAUUCAUUAAUUAUCAUAAUCCAGUCGAUCAUGAACAAAAUGAUAACAUGAAUAAUUAUGUUUUGAAUAGAAUUGAAACUUGUCAACUUGAAGAGAUCUCAUCCAUCGAACAUGGUCUGAAACGAAAGUUGACAAAGUUAGUGAAACGAAAUGAAAUCAUCAUUUCACCAAGUUCGAGUUUUAUGGUAACACCAGCCAAACGUACUCAUCGUGAACAGGACUCAAUACCGAGCUUGGAGGAAGGAACUACUCAUUUUCAAAACAUUUUGUCAUCGAACAACAAUAAUAUUACUACUUCAAAUCGUGAAAGUAGAGUAAAUGAACAAAACACUUCCAACAAUGUUAAAAUGGAUAUGCAUCGAACAAUAGCUUCUUCACAAAAUACUGUUGAUGCUAAUACAACUGAUUGUGUCAUGUUUACUUCUACACCAUCUACUAUUACUACUUCAAAUAUCACUUCCAAGAAUAGUAUACUACCAUCAAUUCAUACAAAGAAUUGUCUUGCUGCAUCUUCAUCUGAUCUUGGGAUGACGUCAAAUGUAACCAGUCAUAAUAAAAUAGUUUAUUUACCGAUGAAUGUUGAAAAUAUUGAAUCAUCACCAACUCCUCUUUGUAAAAGUGAUAAAAAUCUUAUGAAUCUCAUCGGAAUUACUUCAUCUCCUGCUUAUCCAAUUGAUUUACUUGAACCAACAGGAAAUACACCAGUCGAUAUACCAAAUAUUACCUCAUUUUUUGACAAUUUAUCUACUUAUGCAAAACCUGUUUCAUCGUUUGAUGAUACGGAAAACCAAGUGAAUUUUAAUAAUGUUCCUGCUACUAAUUCUCUUACAUUAUCACCAAUUCUACCAUUACCUAUACCUACACCUACAUCUGCUUUUAGUCAUACCGAUUCAGCUGCUUCAUGUAAUCAAUUGGUAAAUAUGGACAAUGACAUACCUAUUCUUCAAACAUCAUCUGAACAACAUUCACUCCUGGCACGAUGUGGAAUUUCUACAUAUUCAUCGACACCUGUCAAAACUUCUAUUGGAUUUAACUCGAAUAAAUCACCCGUAUGUAAUCUUUCUAAUUCAUUUGGUAACAAGGUCAAUAUGGCAACAAAAUUGAAUGAACCUAAAGUUAGAUUUGUAUCGAAGCAAACAGAAAUAGCCGAUGGUUUUACAGAAAGCUCAAUUGAAAUUACCAACCAUCCAACAGAUAUAAUUCCUGAAGAUGCACGUGAUGAUAUUCCACUAGGUGGACCAAAAGAUAAGAACUGGAAUCCAGGAAAAUAUGGUAUUGCUCAAUGGUCAAAACAACGUAGGUUACUUGUCUUAAUGAAAUAG